AUGAGCAGGAACAGAUUUUAUAAGAUAGCGGCCUAUCUUCAUUUUGUGGACAAUGAGGCCGUUACAGAAGACCAGAGGAAACAGGACCGCGUGUGGAAACUCCGACCGUGGCUGACAUCACUCCGUGAUAAUUUCGGAACUGUUAGCUCUAGUGAAGAACACCAGUGUAUUGACGAAAUUAUGGUAGCAUUCAAAGGACGUUCUGCGCUAAAGCAGUACAUGCAAAAAAAGCCGAAAAAGUGGGGGUUUAAGUUGUGGGCUCGUUGUAGUUCCUCUGAGUUCUGUCACGACUUUGCAGUCUAUCAAGGGAAAGGCACGGGGAUGGACGAACAGUAUGCGCCUAAUUGUGGUCUUGGUGGGAAUGUCGUUUUGCAGCUUUGUGAAUCAUUGCUUCGUAAUCACCAAUACAAAAUUUUCAGUGACAACUACUUCACAAACUUCGAAAUGGUGGUCCAGAUUACAAAACGCAACUAUGGACAGUUCCUUGGAACAAUUCAGACUAAUCGUUGUCAUAAAGCACCCCUCAAGACUGAGAAACAAUUAGCACUUACUGGUAGAGGUUCAAUGGAUAGCGUUUAUGAGAAGGACAGGAAUCUGGUAGUUGUUAGGUGGAAUGAUAAUAAAUCAGUCACUCUGUUGAGCACAUACAUUGGUACUGAACCUAUUGAUACAGUGAAGCGAUAUGAUAAGGCCCAGAAGAAGCAUAUUGAGGUGGAGAGACCAGCCGUAGUGAAAAUGUAUAAUUCUAAUAUGGGAGGUGUAGAUCUACUCGAUAUGAUGUGUACGCUGUACAAAAGACAGCUCAAAAGCAAGCGUUGGUAUCUCUACAUCUUCUAUCACACGCUCACAAUCUGUAUGGUAAAUGCUUGGUUUUUGUGUCGGCGUGAUUGCAAGCUCACUGGCACUAACGUCAAACUUGCACUGAAGAAAUUUCAAGCAACAGCAGCUGAUGCACUUAUUAAGAAAGGCAAGCCGAAUCGUGGGCGACCAUCGGCUACAUUCUUGACAUCACCUCCAGCAAAGAAACAGAAGGUAACGCCAGCACCCGUUGCCGAUGUGAGGUACGACCUUGUUGAUCACUGGCCAGUACAACCAGGAAAGCGCAACCGUUGUAGAUUCUGUCCUGCUGGAUUUUCCUGGUGGCAGUGCUCCAAAUGCAAAGUUCAUCUGUGUAUUUGCCCUGAUCGCAACUGUUUUUUCGCUUACCACCAUAAGUAA